AUCGGAUCCUUUGGUGGAUUUAUUGUCCAUCAAAUUGGUGCUCUCAUUGAGAGUUCGAGAAUCAUACUCAGAGGAAACCCUCCAUUAAGACGAUGGUGCAAACACGCAGUAACGCCAAUGUGGGUACCGGAGUUCCCCAACAGGGGGAGAACAGCACCACUGGAGGUCGGAACCCUCCCAUUACCACCGGAGAGGCUGAGGCCCUCAUUCAGAGGGUUGGAAUCACGGCCGAACAAUUCAAAGAGGUGCUGGCCGCACUUGCACCCAACCGCGAGGUUGUGGUAGAAGAAGUGGCUGGGGGACCCACAGGCGGGAAGGCUGGACCCGCGGGCUCCCAAGGGAAAAAGAAGAAAGUAAGGCGAUCCCGGAAGAAGAAGGCGACCAAGCCUAAUGGGAAAGCCGUGAUGGCGGAUGCGCUUUCCAGGUUGGACGAAGAGGACGAGUCGUCCUCCUUUGAGCGGAUGUCUGCCUUUGACCGUUUGGGAGACCCCAAGUCAAAGAAGCCUCGGACCUCUGCGUUCGAACGGUUGCAGGACACUCGGUCGGCCCGAAAGGGCGACUCGAGGGAUGCGCUCAAGGAGAAAAGGGGGGAGUCCACAGCGACCUCCAAGAUCGAUCCCGAGGAGCGACGGACGACGGUCGAAGGCAAAGGCGCAGCCGAGCUGUGGAGAAUGUACGAGCAACUGGAGAAGCGGCUGGACGCCCAGAACCCCUACCGCCAGGCGGUCUUCAGCGAGGUAACACCCUUCUCCAGGAGGAUAAUGUCUUGUCCUCUCCCGGAUAAUUUCAAAACUCCCCAAAUCAAGGCGUACAACGGGACGACUGAUCCCCAGGACCACCUCGCCCGCUUCGGGGCUAACGUGGUCAUCACUAGGAAGUAAUUAUGUUAAGUAUAGAGUCUCUACAGAUAUCAAAUGAUGUCUAGACUUUUUAUCAGUCUGUUAUUAUAACUCAAUUUAUAUAACCCAAUUUACAUAUUUUCGAUAACUGUCUGACCGGUCCUGGUGAGACAUUCGAUAUGAGAUUGAUCUUUUUCUUUUUAAAAAUUAUGAAAUGACAAUAGACACAUGGCCACCAAUAGACCACGUCCCCCAACGGAUAAGGACAAAGUUAAGGAAGAAUAGGUAUAGCUACUCUGCCUGUGCACACACAUAAUAACAACUCAUAUCCCCU